AAUUAUUUCAGAAUGUGUAAAAUUAACUACCAGUGGUUUGAUAAUGCGAGUGACAAAAUGAACUUGAAACGAAAAUCGAACUUGUAGUAAAUAAACUAGCAUACUAGUUGUUUAAAUCAGCCAAGAAUCGCUCUUGUAUCACUGGACUAAAAGUUGUUGAAUUAGCAUUAAAAGUAAUAAAAUGUGUAAAAUAAACAAGCAGUGGACUUAGACAUUUUAGCAACAAUCGAACCAGCCACACAUUUGUACUUGUGGACUAGUUGAAGUAGCAAUAAAUAGUAGCAAAAAAUGUGCAGAAUAAACUAGGGGGGACUAAAAAGUUGAAAUAGUUAUAAAAGUACUAAAAAUGUGUAAAAUAAACUAGCAGUGGACUAGCAAUAUGAAGUUGAUAGUGCUGUUGUGCGCGCUGUUCCGCGCGGCGGCCGCGACGGGCGAGUGGACGGAGGACGCCGAGGACUUGGUGUCGACGGUGGACGUGGAUGCGGUGCUGGGGCGCACGGCGUCGCUGCCGUGUGACGUCACGCCCGACGCCGCCGAGGACCGCGUCUACAUGGUGCUCUGGUUUCGGAAGAGCGGCGGAAAACCUAUCUACAGUUUCGACGUGCGUGGGCGGUCGUUCAACAAGGCGCUGCAGUGGUCAGAUCCGGGCGCGUUCGGUCCGCGCGCGUACUUCGCGACUAUCACGCGGCCCGCGGCGCUCACACUCAGCUCCGUACAACUCGACGACGAGGGCACGUACCGUUGUCGAGUCGAUUUCAAGAACUCCCCGACGAGAAACUUCCAGAUACGCCUCGUUGUUAUUGUUCCCCCGCAUCAGAUGCUGCUGUACGACAAGUCGGGCGCCGACGUGUCCGGUGUCGUCGGACCUUUAGAGGAGGGAGCGGCCCUGGUUUUGGUCUGCGAAGUUAGAGGAGGUCGGCCCGAGCCAGUGGUCACGUGGUUGGUGAACAACGCCGCAGCGCCGAAGUACAUCGGCGUGAAGACGGACACCCACGUGGUGGUGAACCGCCUGGAGAUCCCGGCGCUGAGGCGCGAGGACCUCAACACCACGUACCGCUGCCGCGCCACCAACACACACCUGGUGCCGCCGCACGAGAAGACCGUACGCCUGGAGAUGAACUUGGCUCCACUAUCGGUGUCUCUGCUCAGUAGACCGCAGCAGCUGGUGGCGGCCUCCACUACGUCGCUACGAUGUGUGUCUGAAGGAAGCAGACCUCCAGCACAGAUCGUGUGGUACAAGGAUAACAGAAGUUUUGGGAGAGAUAAAGUGAGCGAUCAUUCGAACGAGACGUGGUCAGUGAGCACGUUAACGUUCACGCCGGUGCCGGAGGACAACGGCGCCGUGGUCAAGUGCGUCGCCGUCAACGCCGCGCUGCCGACGAAGACCAUUGAGGACCAGAUACAGUUGAACGUAGUGUAUAACCCGCUGGUGACGCUGAGUCUGGGCAGCACGCUGAACCCCCACGACAUCAAGGAGGGGGACGACGUGUACUUCGAGUGCACGGUGCGCGCUAACCCGCGGGAGCACCGCAUCUCCUGGUACCAUAAUGACAGACCAGUGACGCAGAACAUGACGUCGGGUAUCAUCGUGAGCACGCGGUCGCUGGUGCUGCAGAAGGUGACGCGGCGCGAGGCGGGACAGUAUGCCUGCAAGGCGGCGAACGCGCGAGGCGAGACGUCUAGUGAGAGCGUCGCGCUGCGCAUUCAAUACGCACCAGUAUGUGGUCUGGUGUCACCUCAAAUAGUGGGUGCGGCGCUGGACGAGUCCCUGCACGUGCGGUGCUCGGUGCACGCUGACCCCGCUGACGUCACUUUCCUCUGGCAGUUCAACAACAGCGGCGAGAGCUUCAACGUUUCACCCGCGAGGUUCGGUACGCUAAACGGGAGUACCAGCGAGCUGCGGUACACGCCCGCGAGCGAGAGGGACUACGGCGCGCUCACUUGCCGUGGAACAAACAACGUCGGCCAACAACUGCAGCCUUGUGUCUUCCAAAUUGUGCCCGCAGCACGACCGUCCCCGCCAAGGAACUGCACGGUGUCAUCGGGGAAUGACUCCAACUGGAUCGAGGAGAGAGACGAGAGCGACUUGGUGGUGCGGUGCGUGGUGGGGUACGAUGGUGGUCUACCACAGCUAGUGGUGCUAGAGGCCGUGGAUACCCUCACCGAGUUGGUGAGGUUCAACGUCACCGCCAACGAGACUAAUGGUGUUGCCCUGUUUCUGGUGCCAGCCGAUAUAAUUUGGUCUACCGGCAACGCGCUGCAGCUAACCGUGUUCUCGAAAAACGAAAAAGGCGUGUCCGAUCGAAUCACCAUUCAAGCGCUCUCGUAUCAAGACCCAGAAAGAAGAACAGAUGGUGGUCACAGUUUGAUGGCUGGUAUGUCACGUGGUGCGUUUUGGGCGAUCCUCCUCACCGUGGUAGUCGGCGCUUUGGUGGUGAUGGGGACUGGGUUUUUGGUUCGCCGUAGAAGGUCGACGGCAACUUCAAAACACCAAAGCCCCGAGUUGCAGCUGAACGCUGGAGACGGGCAGUACGUGGUGGCCUACACCCUGAAGCCGGCCAAACACGCGCAGCCGGACAUACUCAACCCGCCACCAGAUAGCAGCCCUCCAAACUUGAAGUGCCGGGCAGAGGCGGUCGUCAAAAACGGAUCACUCGCUCCGGAGGAGAGGGGGGCGCACUCGCUGCACCGCCAAUCAAUAUCGUCUACCAGUAGUUUAUCAGUAAGUAAACCCAGUGCCAUAAGUACCGCGACGUUGAGCAGAAGAGAACACCUCAUAGCCGAGAGCGUACCCGGGCCGGAGAGUUGUGUAUAGACUAGUGUAAAUUUGUUAUAAUUUUAUAUGAAUUAUUAUGUAUUGACUGUGAAAAAUGUGAUAUAAAUGCUGUAAAUAA